AUGAAUAAUAUGGAUAACAAUUUAUGUUAUGACAGACAAUUAUUUACCAUGUAUUAUUCUCAACCUGUUUCAACUCACUCUUUCGAUAUAACAACUAACGAAUCACUUGAUUUUGCUUCUCAUAAUGUAACAAAUCCUGUUGUUAUGCAAUAUCAAGAAACAUUGCCAGUUAUAAGUUAUUUAAAAUUUUAUCAUUUUUAUGUUAAUUCCUUUUAUCUCAUAACUUGUAAAAUUAUUUUACAAAAUGAUUCUUCUUUUGACAAUUAUGACCGGUAUAGUCACGAGUUCUUUUAUCAACAUCCAAACGAUCCUUCUACAAAAUAUCAUGUUACUUGCAAAUUACUUCCAAACUCUUUAAUUGAAAAUGUUUUGAAUAAUGAAAUUUGUGAAAUGAAUUUUGAUAUCGAAUUAUUAUCAUUAAAUCAAAAGUUCGAUCUUGAACAAAGCCUGAAACAAAAACUUUUCAAUCGAAUGCACUGUAAUAGAAAUACAAAUUCGUUUUGUAAUGACGUUGUGAAUCAUGAAAAGAUAACACAAACCGUUUCAAUGGAAGACAUUCAAAAUUAUAAUGAUAGUUAUUUUCCAAGCAAUGAUCAUACUCACCAAGAUACAAAUGGGUUGAAAGAUAAUGUCAUUCGUACACAACAAGACGAUUUCAAUACUUUUGAUAAAUAG